AAAAGUCAAAAAUCAAUCGUUGAAUAUCGACCAAAAAGCAUAUAACGAUGAUGAUGAUGAAAGGGAUUUCACUUUCUCAAUCGAUCAAUUUUAAUCCAAACAUCGAAUUCAAUCGACCGCAUCUUCAGAUCACCACUGUGAUUCCAAAUCAAACCCAAUCUCGAUUUUCCCGCCCUCUUUCCCGAAGAUCCCUCCGUGUUCUCUCACUCUCCGUCGAUCCAUCGGCAAAUCGGAAUGCUAAAUCAGCACACGCGCCGCCUCUGGUGGUUGUGGGAUCUGCUAACGCCGAUAUCUAUGUGGAGAUCGAGAGAUUACCCAAGGAAGGCGAAACGAUUUCGGCCAAGACAGGGCAAACCCUCGCCGGCGGAAAAGGCGCGAAUCAGGCUGCGUGUGGAGCGAAGCUGCUUUAUCCGACUUACUUCGUUGGUCGUUUGGGAGAGGACGCCCACGGGAAGCUUAUAGCUGAGGCGUUGGGCGAUGGCUGUGGUGUUCACUUGGAUUACGUGAGAUCGGUGAAUGAUGAGCCGACGGGACACGCGGUGGUGAUGCUUCAAUCCGACGGUCAGAAUUCGAUCAUUAUCGUUGGUGGUGCAAAUAUGAAAGCUUGGCCUGAGAAGAUGACUGAUGAUGAUCUUGAGAUUGUGAGGAAUGCUGGUAUUGUGCUGCUUCAAAGGGAGAUCCCAGAUUCCAUCAAUAUUCAAGUUGCUAAGGCUGUGAAGAAAGCAGGUGUUCCGGUCAUCCUUGAUGUUGGAGGAAUGGAUACGCCAAUACCGAAUGAGCUAUUGGAUUCCGUUGACAUCUUGAGUCCGAAUGAAACUGAGCUCAGUCGCUUGACCGGAAUGCCAACUGAAACUUUUGAACAGAUUAGCCAAGCUGUUGCAAAGUGCCAUAAGUUGGGAGUUAAGCAAGUCCUAGUGAAACUCGGGUCCAAAGGAUCUGCACUAUUCAUAGAAGGGGAAAAACCAAUCCAGCAGUCUAUAAUACCCGCUGCACAAGUGGUCGAUACUACAGGAGCUGGGGAUACUUUCACAGCAGCAUUUGCAGUGGCUAUGGUAGAGGGCAAGUCACAUGAGGAAUGCUUGAGAUUUGCUGCUGCAGCUGCCUCUCUUUGUGUCCAAGUAAAGGGUGCAAUACCGAGCAUGCCCGACCGAACAUCUGUCUUGAAGCUCCUUAAAUCUAGUAUCUAAAACCGAUACUCUUUUCGGAGAGGUUGAAGCACGCGAAGGCAUUCAGCGGUUUCAUUAGCUACACCAAAUCAACGAUUGUCCUAUGUAGUCUCCGUCUCUUUGAACACCACUUCCUUUUAGGUUGUCUGAAUUAAGAUUAUAUAUAUCAUAAUAAUUUGUAGUAAUGAAAUUCUGAUCUAAAA